AAUGGGUGAUCCUGAAGGCCCAUGGCCUAGGUCAGUGACUUCCAUUGCACUCUGGAAGGGUGCUGCCCUAAGGUCUCCCCAAUGAGGGAGAGCCUACGUCAUAAUUUGUGGAAGAGGGGGCCUGCGUUCGCGCGGCCCCUAUCAAAUCUAGUGUAAAGUUAUUUUCUACAUAAUGGGCUCAUAUGUUCCUAUUAUUGGGCUUGAAAAUUGUCGACCAUAUUGGCCGAAGUCUAUAAUCGAAGACCUUUACCGAAAAUUUGAAAUUCGUCCCAGCGAUUAACAGAGAAGGCUGGGCUUCUUCUCCAUCGAAAAAAGCCACAGCCAAUUCGUUCAAAGCCCUGGAGACUAGAGUGGAUGUUGUAAAUUAGGAAACAAAAACCCCUUCAGUUGAGAACUGACAUUCUUAUUCUCUUCGUAAUCGUGGUCCGAGCUUUAACACGGAAGACACGUAUGAAAGAGGGAGAAGCCGAAAAGGGGCAUCGAAGUGGCUCCGGCACGUAUUGCCGUUCACCCGACCCAGAAUUCAGUUUCCAUUGCUGUUGGUUCAGACCUUCGCGUCUUCGAUCUCCGGCUGGAGAUUGCCCGGUAAAUUUGAUGGAUGAUUCUGAUGGGCCUUUGCAUAAUGAUUCUAUAAGAGCUAUUCGUUAUGGUGCCAGUGGGAAGCUUUUUGUAUCGGCCGGUGAUGACAAACUUGUCAAGAUUUGGUCUGCUGAGUCCUGGCACUGCAUUUGUACAGUGAACUCUGAGAAGAGAGUAACUGCAGUCGCAAUAAGCAAUGAUGAUCUAUAUGUUUGUUUUGCUGACAAAUUUGGAGUGGUUUCGGGUGUGGAUCUGCAUGGUCUUAAUGACAAACAAGCUUUAGUCAAUAUGAAGCCAGUAGCAAUGCUUGCGCACCCGGAAUAAGGCAACAGAGAAAAACAUAUAACAAACCAGAAAACUAGGGGAGAAGCAAAUAGAGGGGAAAGCUACUGCAGUUAAGAAACUACAAGAGAGUUGAGAACCCAAAAGGGCCAAAACAACUAGUGUUCGGUCCUAUUUCAAUUUCCACACCUUUACAUUGUUUUAAACUGUAAGCGUAAAGCAUAUCCCACAAACAUUCCCAACCAACCAUACAUAAAAGCAUUUAAGUUUAUAGAGCGGCAUAUAAACACUAUUCUACAAUCAUUCAGGUUUGACACCAUAAUGAAGGGGAGGUCGAGCUAAGAAGGUGGCAGUCCGUUGAUUUUUUAUUCUUCCUUCAGUGCGGUAAAAUUUGAACAUUGGAACAUUUCUCAUUCAAAAGGAAGCACAGAACACCAUUAGAGAUUUACAGGUACCAACAUCAAUGUUAUCAUAACAACAAAAUCAAUGAGGUAAAUUAGGCUACCAGAAUACAUAAAUGCCUCAACAAAUUUUAUUGUAAUGUAAAAACAAAAGAACUACCAUUGCAUUUGCAGUUUAGACACAGGAGGACAGCAGAAAAACACAACUGCUUUAGUUUCAACAGCACAUAUUCACUCCACUACUCUUUAAAGAGUGUGGUGCACAAGAUCUGACAGCCUCACUCACAUGUAGUAUUUUACCACAUACAAAAGUGAGGG